CGAAGUGAAAUAAACUCUUAUGAUCUUAUGAUCAGUAAAUGAAAGUUUCUCGUUGAGUCAACAUGAUACUAAUUGUUCUUGGAAAAGCAUGGUGAGAAAACAUUUCGCCAUUUCAAUUUUUCUGUAAAGAAAAAAGUUAAUGAAAAUUGGUUAAACAGAACGAUUACAAUUGAAUGGAAAGUGAAAAGAAAAUCAAUUGAAUAGAAUAGUCUAAAAAGAAAGUUGAAGAAAACGCUUUUUUACAUUUCCGUUUCGUUGUUCGAACAAACUUAGAAGUCCAUUUUAAGGUCAUUUCACAUUAUUCCGAUUCGAUUGGCUAAAGAACAGUAAAAGAGAGAAAAAACAAUUUUUCGUAACUUUCAAAGUACCGUUUGCUUUCAUGUACAAUUAAAUUGAUCACAAGACAUUCAUUUAGUUUCCUCACUCAUUCACUCAAAUGUAACCCAAGUGAAUCCAAGCAAAUAUCAAAAACAUUAACGGAUUGAACAAUCUGAGUUACAAAACGAGAGGAAAACUUGUCAACAAGUUUUUUCACUUUCAUCAAUAACUCAGUUUUACGACAAUUAUUAUGUCAACUUUCAACAGAAUUGACCACUAAUCAACUCGGUACUUUUGGUAACAAGUUGUCGUUGAUCGGCGCUCAAAACAGGAUGAAAGUGAAACCCUUCCAGAACCAAAUGGUUGCCCAAUUUUGGAUCAAAUUAAACGUCUCUUCUCUUUGGAGUCUCAUCUUUACUUUAUUGUUGAUACUUAAUUAUUUAACUUUAUCGGUUGACUGUAGAGGCAAUGGACCCGAUUGUCCAGCCAAAUUGGAUAAUUGUACAACCAUGGUCAAGCCUUAUCUUCAUGAUCUUAAAUACAUGUUUCCAACCACAAUUGAUGAUGUCGACGAAAUGUGCAAAAUGUGGAGUCUUUUCGUCGAUUGUGUUCGUCGAUAUGUUACAACUUGCUUUACAGAAGAAAGACGAAUGAAGUUCAAUAGCGCAGUAGAAGAUUCGGUUGCCGCUGUUCACGCAAUUUGCAGCUCAGAAACUGUCCAAAGAGAGUACCUUUCCCAUGCUCAAUGUUUCAGACGAGUUUCAGUCGAAAAUUGUGGCUCAUCUUAUAAACAGUUAAUCGAUAUUGUUUCCAAUCAAAGGUCGCAUGAUGAACACAUUUGCUGCUUUUAUGGUCACUUCAAAGAAUGCGUAUCUGACCCAUUGAUACGUGAAUGUGGACCCAGAGCUCGUAAUCUGAUGGACCAUUCAAUGGGAUUCUUAAUAACUCGAUGUUCCCAGAAGUACACUUUUAGCUCUGGAGCUCCAUGUUCAACACCAGCACCAGCAACUGAACGAACAAUUGCACCAAAAUAUGAAAGUCUCAACAGCGACGACACAAACAGUAAAUCGGAAAAGAUUCAAGAGAUUGAAGGAUCAACAAGCACAAUUAGCUACUCAUUGCCUCGUCAAGGAAGAAUUUCAUCUUCCAACAACCUCAGAAUUCAAUUUCUCCAGCAAAUCAACUUUUCUCUUUUAACUUUCAUUCUACUCUCGAUACUUUGGUGAUUCAGCAUUUGAUUUUUACUUUCAUUAGUUCAAUAUCCAUGUUAUGAAACAAUUGAGAAACUUACAAGUUGUUAGUCCGAAACUAUUCAUGCAAUGUACAAUAACUUCACUGUUUACCAAAAUUCGUUGAAAGUAGCACCUAAUUGAACCACUCGAUGUAACUCGAUGAAAAACUAAAGUCCAUUCUUUUAAUUCUCAUCACUCAUUUAAUUCACAAAUUAAAUUUGAUUUUAAAACA